GAUCUGAAGCAACGCCAUUACGAUGGUCGGAAGCAAGGUAAAAUUGAUUACCUAAGGAUACAUAUGCUAUUUACAGACUAAAUGUACAAGGUCACACUUUCUAAAUCAUAUCAUAACAAUGCUGUAUGUCUAGAUUCCUUCCCGGGGACUUUGAAGCAUUUGACGCAUUUGAUGAAGCCGGCAAUCCCCCAGUACACCUAUGGACACGGUAUUUGCAAGUCGAGGUGCCGACCAAUUGGUUCGCAUUAUUCGAAGAAGCACGACGGAAGCAACGGGAAUGGAAAGGCGGCAUUGAGGAACAACAGCACCGCCCAUCACAGUUACUAUCACCCCAUUCACCACCAUCCACGAAUAUCCUGACGGAUGAUCAUCAGCGUAUCAUCAGCGAUUAUGCACUCCAAUCUUCAUCUAUUCCAGUGUCCAGCAGUGCUGCAGCUUCAACCAACAUUGUCGAUCCAACAGCAGAUUCCUUGUUGUCGUCCGUCUCAAGCUUGCCCAUGGAUUCUCGGCCGUUGGGUUUAUUCUCGGAUUACCGUAGCAUUGGUGAUACCGUUACGUCUGCUUCAACACCGGCAGCACCCGACUUUCCUCGACCACCAUCAACAGUACCAGGCUUACUAGACCGAGACGAAUUACGCAAACACUUGCAGGAUGAUCUGGACAAGUUCCAACACGAGCCAGGUGCUAAUAACAGUUGCGAUACAGGAGGUCGCCGGCCGUCUUCUACGUCGUUGUCAUCGCCUCCGCGAUCAGAAAAGAAUUACAGCAGCAAUAACGUACUUCGGCACCAUGCAUCGUUUACCAAUAUUGCCAGUACAUCACCCAACAGCAACAAUAACAGCAAACGCCAAUCCAUUCAUAGCUUCUUUUCGAAACACAGCCAGAAACAACAAUAAGAACAGCACACUUGACAAUAAUAAUAAAAAUAGUUGUUACUAUAACUAUUACUAUCGCUGCCAUCUUUUCAAUGCUUCUUCCAAUGCUGGACAAUGCCGUCGCGUGGCGAUCAGAAUGGGUUCCAUAUACUGUUUCAGAUGUUGUUUUUGUUCCUGGUUACAUUGUUGGUCGCAUUGUUCGAUAACCAUCGUCAUCUUGGUUUCGUCGUAGCCUACCAUAUCAUUACACAUAAACAUGCAACACACAUAAGUAACCGAUACAUUUCGUUCAAUUAUAUGUUCUUUGAGCUUCACAUCUACAUGGAUCCGGCGUGUGUUGUUUGUUUAUCUGAUAGACGAUGACUUACUUGGCAGACUACAUCGUAGCUG